UCACGGAUAGCGGAGACCUUAUCACAGCUCCUCCAGGUUCCCUCUGCAGCCCGGCGGGAGGACGGAGAAACCGUCCCACUGUGAAAGCGCUGCACUGUCACCGCGGAUUCUCUUAUUUUGACACUGCCUGUGUUUUGAACUUUUCUUGCUCCCUGCAAGCUCGUGACGCCGUCUCCUUCCUCUCGUUCCUCUGUCCCGAGACCGAGAGAAAUGGCAGAGAAGCGGCGGUCCCCGUGCGCCCUGAGCGUCAAGGCUCAUGCAUUCUCGGUGGAAGCGCUGAUAGGAGCGGAGAAAAGACGCAGGACAGCCGGGGAAGAUGCUGUGUCCCCCGGCUACGAGGACGGAAUUGAUGUCUCUGAUAUAACCGGGAGCCCGGGGCCGCGACCAGACAGAGCGUGCACCAGCGACCGAGGCAGCGAGGCAGAAUGUGCGAGUGACGGAUCCCCGGAGAGCGAGGAGGCGCUGCUGGAGAGCCCGCAGCCCGCAGCUCUGUUCACGGCGCCGGUAACCGGCACCGGAGAGGAGGCCCGCGUGGACCUGCAGGGAUCAGACCUGUGGAAACGGUUCCACGAGAUUGGAACGGAAAUGAUUAUCACCAAGGCUGGACGGCGGAUGUUCCCCGCUAUGCGUGUGAAGAUCACGGGCUUGGACCCACACCAGCAGUAUUACAUUGCCAUGGAUAUAAUCCCCGUGGACAACAAACGAUAUAGGUACGUGUACCACAGCUCCAAGUGGAUGGUAGCGGGGAAUGCUGACUCCCCUGUGCCGCCCAGAGUGUACAUCCACCCGGACUCCCCGGCCUCAGGAGAGACGUGGAUGCGUCAGGUCGUCAGCUUCGACAAACUUAAACUGACCAACAACGAGCUUGAUGACCAGGGACACAUUAUUCUGCACUCCAUGCACAAGUACCAGCCACGGGUCCAUGUAAUUCGUAAAGAGUGUGGAGAGGAGCUGUCCCCAGUGAGAGCCAUCCCAGCUGGGGAAGGCACUCGCACUUUCUCCUUCCCUGAAACUGUGUUCACCACCGUCACAGCGUAUCAGAAUCAACAGAUUACAAGACUGAAAAUUGACAGGAACCCAUUUGCCAAAGGCUUCAGAGACUCUGGCAGAAACCGGAUGGGUCUGGAGGCUUUGGUUGAGUCUUAUGCAUUCUGGCGUCCAUCUCUGCGCACGCUCACGUUUGAAGACAUCCCUGGCAUGGCCAAGCAAGGAGUCCCAGGAGCUCAUGGAGGGGUCGGCUCAUCAUCUCACCUGCUCUCCACAUCCCCAUGCUCCUCACCUUUCCAAGUAUGCCCUCUCAGCCCGCCUGAUUACACCUGCAGUCGACCUACGCACCCCCUCCAUCGUUACAGCAACGCCCCAGAGCCCUUCCCCCCUCCCAGGGGUCCAGCAGCGUAUGAAGGCGAAGGAUUCUGUUCUCUGCCUCUCCCUGCUUCUCAACUUGGCUAUCUAUCCAACCCCACCUCGCAGGCAUACGCCGGUCUUCGCCUCCACACACCACCCUACAGCCUGUACGGUUACACAUUCCCUCCCUCACCACGCCUCGCUGCCAGCCCUGAUAAAAUGGCCGCCGCUGCCACUGCCAAUCAUCAGAGUCCCUUCCUUGGCUCGUCUCCUAGUGGGACUCUAACGGACAGUCUGGGUGUGCUCAGUGGAGGACAGCAGGGCUUCUUGUUUGACUCUCGGACUUUAGGACUGGCGGGUACCCCUUCGGGAGGUGGGGCCUCACAGGUCACUGCCCACAUGGGCUGAAUUUGAUUCUGGACAUCUAGGGCUGUCACGAAAACAAAAUGACACCCUGGAAUGGGUGUAAGUUGCUUUUGGUUCAGUGAGUUCUACAAAUUAAUCAUCCAUGUGCUGAACAAGCACUGAGCUGAACUGUGGACAGACAGAGAAGAGUGACAGGCCAAGCCACUGCUUCUGUGAGCUUGUCAAAUCUCCUUUAACUGAAGGGAAUAUUUCUAAUCUUUCAAGCGUGUUUUCUAUGACAUGCAUGUGCAGCUGCAGUGGUCACUAAAGGAAAAAAAAAAAAAAAGAAAGUCCUGCGGCUUUGAUUAAGGAGUUCGAGCGAUGCAACCCAGUGACUGAACUGGAACUGAACACGGAUUGGGCAGACACAGGGCUGGCCCAGGCACUCAAAGCAAGCACUUCAACCCCUGGCAGGAGGCCCUGAUGCAGUAACUAUUAUACUCACACAGCAUUCUGCAUGGCCUCUGUGAUCUUGCCAACUUCGAAUGGAGUUACUGAACACUACUUUUAAACUUUCUUUUUAAGGGAUAUAUUGACUAAAUUCCUUUUGUCAAUUAAACUGUUUCUCAUUACGUGCCUGCCGGUGUUCUCGAUCAAGUCUUUGGAUUAGCAAACAUGCAGCUAAUGUCCACCUAGUAAUAUGCACUACAGGCAGGGCCUUGUCACCACUCAGACUGAAAAAAACAGACCAAAAAAAAAAAAAGGAAAAAAGAAAAACAUUUACAC